AUGGAUUAUUUUGCAUCACCACAAAGAGCAAGUCCAUAUUUACCGCCUCUUAUUAUUGGUGUUGAUUUCAAUAAAUGCGAAGCAAACAUGGUCGGGACUGGUGAUGAACCAUUUUAUAAAUGGACUGAGCAGAUGGGAAUGGUCGGUAGUCGAACAACAUGGAAUCAGUUGAUUAAAUUGGGUGAGAAAAUUCGAGGAAAGAAUUUCGGUGUCAAACGCGUAACCAUCGAUGAAACAUUAAAACAAUGCGAUUUAAUAUCAACCGAUAGAAUGACAUAG